AUGAUGCGAACUUUAGCUUCACUGGCACUGUUUGCCGCAGGAGCCACGGCUCAGGUCAUUGAGAGCUCUAGCUUCGGUACUGGUAAAACAGUCUCUCAGUCGGAAUGGUCUGCAGAGUUCCAAUUCCGCGCGAGUGGUCCAGAGCGCGCAGGUGGUAUCCUUCAACUGUGGUAUACCAAGGAUGGGCAGGCCCGCAUUGGUACCUCUAGUAUCUACACUAUCGGUCAAUUCGAUGGAUUUGCGCUUGUUAUUGAUAACCACGGUGGAAGAGGUGGAAGCAUUCGUGGUUUCUUGAACGACGGAACAACCGAUUACAAGAGCCAGAGCAGCCCCGAUAGCUUGGCCUUUGGUCACUGUGACUAUGCUUACCGUAACCUGGGCCGUCCCUCGAUUGUCAAGCUGAAGUCCACCAGCUCAAUCUUCGAGGUCACUAUCGAUGACAAGCUCUGCUUCUCGACCAACAAGGUCGCACUGCCAGCUGGAAACACCUUCGGUAUCACAGCCGCGACCCCCGAGAACCCAGACUCAUUCGAGGUUUUCAAGUUCGUCGUUGAGUCCGCCUCCGGAGGCCAAACAAUCCCCUCCAACCAAGGAAGCGUGCCUCAGCAGGCCCAGCAGCCCAUCGUGAACCAGAACCCACCCGUGGUUCAGGCUGGAGGCAACCCUGCCACCGACUCCGGCUUGGCCGCGCAGUUCGUGGAUCUCAGCGGCCGCCUCCAACUCACAAACAAAGCCACCAACACCAUCCUCCAAGAACUCAAGAACCAAGUCUCAAAGGGCGACGCUCACCACACAGAGCUGCUCCAGAAAUUGGCAUCCCAGGACCAGAUUGCCGCCCUCCUUGACGCGAGACUCGCGCGUAUGGAGCAGUUGGUCCAGAACAUCCAGCGUGAUGUCGAGGGCAAGGAUUACAGCAGUCGCUUCAACCAGCUGCACGAGACUCUUCGCUCUUCGCACCUGAGCCUGAGUGAGAACCUGCAAGGUCACUUGUUGAGUGUGAUCACCGCUUCAUCCCCUCGCAUGGGCUUCUUCCUGUUCAUGUUGAUCGCGUUCCAGGUCCUCCUUGCAGUAUCCUACGUCAUCUACAAGCGUCGCCGAGCCAACAUGCCCAAGAAGUUCCUUUAA